AUGAAUGUCGAGGAAGAUCUUGAUAGCAGAUCGAAAAAGCGGCUAAUAAAGGACUUCGAUGCGACUAACGAGGGAGAGCCUGUGGGUCCAAGCCCUUUGGAGGGACGUAAAAGACUAGCGUGCUCCAACUGUCGACGCCGGCGUAAGAAGUGUGACCUGGAUUAUCCCUGUGGUAAUUGUGUGAGAUUGAAGUUGGACUGCAAUGUUAACAUGGAGGAUAUGAGAAAGAAGAGACACACUGCAAAUUAUGUGGGCACUUUAGAGUCUCAUGUAGCAUCUUUAGAGACAAGAUUAAAAAAACUAGCCGAGAAACUCAGCUCCUUGAAUGGCAUUCGGGUAGAAGAUAUGGAUCUAGGUGUUAAUAGUUCAAUUGACGAUGAUCACAGAAGCUCGUCAAUGGGCCACUAUUCUAACGUAACAAUAAGCAGCGAAAAUAUGAUUGCCCCUUCUACUAUGACUUUUGGCGCACCAGAACUCUCAGUAAAUGACAGCCUGCGCAAAAAAGGCUUUGUUAAAGGAAGCAUCUAUCCCGAGGGCCCAGCAAGCUACAAGCCGAAGAAACCUGAGCAUUCAAUACCGAAACCCAAGCAAAGAAUAGCGGACUUGAAAACGACUGUAAUUGUGAGGAAUAAAAAAGAGGGUGGCGAGGCCCUUAAUGCUAACAAGGAAAUUUUGAAAAGUCUAUCUAAUUUUUACGUCUGGCUAUACCCGGGUCAUUUUGUUUUUGUUCAUAGAGAGAGUUUCCUGUAUGGGUUUUUUGAUCAUGAUGAAGAUAACUACGAAAACUCACAGUACUGUUCUGAGGAACUAAUUUAUGCGGUUGCUGCCAUAGGAGCGAGGCUCACUCCUGACAUGCGAGGCCUUUCAAAUAAUUAUUAUCAGAAAGCCAAAGAGAAAUUGCUCAAAAUUGUUUUCGACGAGCAAAGCAUUGCCAAAAUCACGACAGUUCAAGCUCUCCUUUGUCUGGCAUUUUAUGAACUCGGCAACGGCAACAAUCAACUGGCUUGGUAUUUCUCGGGUUUAGCUAUACGGGUGGGACACGAUAUGGGCUUCCAACUUGACCCCAGGGUGUGGGUUACAGACGAAUCAACUUCCAAUGAGCUCUCACAAAGUGAACUUGAGAUAAGGAGCAGAAUUUAUUGGGGUUGUUAUAUUGCAGACCAUUUUAUAUGUCUUCUGCUAGGACGAACGUCUACUUUAAGUGUUUCUAACUCUACAAUUCCAGAAAGUGACGAACUACCGGAAGUAAACGGUACGGAAGAAUUUCGCUUUAAAAGCAAGCAUGUCUUGCAAGUGUCUUUGCCGUUGAAAAAUCUUGUUAUUCUGUCAAGAAUUGUUCAGGUGUUCACCGCCAAGAUCUUUAUUGAACCUAGCACUACAGCCCAGCGCAUUGAAUAUCUCGUUAAAUUUAACUUAAGAGUUUAUCAGUGGAGGCAAUCUUUGCCCGAUUUUUUAAAAUGGUCAAAAAGUGUCAUUAAAAAUCGUGACAGCGCUACUGACCCAACCAUUUCUUAUUUUUGGUAUCACUAUUACAUUGUGCUACUCACAUUCAACAAGCCAUUUAUGGAGGACAGUAAGAAAUCCAAGAUCUUAGUUCUUGAGGUGUUAGGUGAGCUGAAAACUUUAUUUUCAAACUUCCAAACACGAUUUGGGAAUUUUGAAAAGGCAAGCAUUUAUCAACUAUACAGCUGUUUGCUGUCGGUGGCAUGCUCUCGAAAACUAACAACUAUGCCACCGGAAACAGGGUCGGGGCAACUUUUGGAGCCUCGCAUCAAUGAGCUAAAUUUCUAUACCGAGGUCUUCCAAAAUUUCAGUUUGAGUUACGAUUUGCCGCGUAGGCUUCGUGAUGAGCCAGCCUCGGAAGUUGAUAACGAUUCAACGUCCAUUAACCAACUUAAUAAUCUUGCGUACACGCAUGAUUUUUCGUUAAGUGAUGAAAUUGACCUGUUAAUCAAACAGGUCUUUGGGUUUGAAAGCUGGUCUUUCAAUCCAAGUCAUUCGGUUUAA